AUGCCUGACUUGACCAACAUCUUCCGCGCCACAGUUCAAGACCUGAGCCAGGCCUCAGAUGCCACUGGGCAUCGUGCGCCCAACAAACAACUCACCAAACCUCAGCAACCGGAUCUCUGGAUACAGGAAGCACAUAAUAUUUCAAGGACAAUGGCAGACCUUCGCGCGUUCAUCAUCACUACGCGACCCGCAUAUCUCAACCUUUCUCGUGGCGCAGGAUCAACCGGUGCCAGUGCAAAUUCGAUGCGCGGCCCACGACGAUCCGACUCUAUACCCAAGAAUAGCUCCAAUGGGGCCGGCAGCAGCAGCAGCACCUCCGGAUCGUCGAAGCUGUUAAACGACCUCUUGGAGACGGUUUCGUCAUUAACCACACUCUCAGACAAAGAUCGCGACAGCAUCGAUAUGCAGGCGAAAGUAAUGAUGCGGCAGAUCAAGGGUGCGAUCGAGGAACUGGAGACGCUCGAGCAAGAACGCCGGAAGAGACAACAAAAGAGCAGCAGCGGCAACAUGGCAGUGGCAGGACUGAAUCAACUCUUGACAGCUGCAACGGGUUCCAUGGGUCCUGUUGACAACUUGGCACAACAUCGUCAGGGCGUGACUCUUUACUUAAAUGAACGGCUCGCCAGUCUCGCCACACUGCAUAAGGAUCAAUAUGAGGCCAGGAUAGCCCGCGAGAUGGAGAAGCGAGAGAGCUCGCUUUUUAAGGCUUUGCCCAAACCCGGCGCAGCGGGAGCGAAUGGCUAUGGCAUAAGACGCAACGACUCUGAGGCAGGACCACUGGGACCAGGGGUGAUGCUGUCGCAACGCAGGAAUAACAAUGCCAGUCCACGACCACCGGGCGAUAGGGCUUCCGAUGUUGCAAACAGAACAUCUGGUGCGUCGCCACUUCCAUCGUAUGGUUCAUCUGCUGCACCUACAAAUGCUUCUUCGAAAGGUAUUUCGUCCGCUCAGUAUUAUCAUCAAAGCCAACAGCCGGGAGAUGGGUUCGUGGACGAAGAGCAGGAUUUCGAAAACAGCCUGACAGCAGAGCAGAGACAGAUGCUGCAGCUGGAGAACGAGAAUAUCGUCCAGAAACUGGAGACAGAGUUGAAUCAAGUCAGACAACUGGAGUCGUCCAUGAUGGAACUCUCGUCACUUCACUCGACUAUUCAGGAACAUCUUGAAAUUCAAACAUUGCAGACUGAUCGUUUGCAUGAAGAGGCCUUGACAGCCAUCGGUCAUAUUGAUGCCGGAAACGAUCAACUUAUCAAGGCUGGGAAGCGGAACAGCAGCACUCGCAAGUGGAUCUUGUUCUUCUUGAUCUUGGCAAGUUUUGUGCUGCUCUUCCUGGACUGGUACGACUGA